AUGACAUCAAAAAAGACCAGUAGUUCCGAGACUAAGAAAAAUGUGAACAAAAAAUCACUUAAAGGUAAUAACUCUACACUUAAAGCGGGUUUAGUGUUUGGUUUGGGGAAUCCGUUGCUAGACAUCAGCGCCACCGUUAAGCCAGAGUUCCUCGAGACGUACGGUUUACUGCCAAACGACCAGAUAUUGGCCGAUGAGAGACAUCACGAUAUGUUCACAGAACUGCUCAAAGACUAUAAAGUGGACUACUCUGCCGGUGGAGACAUCCAGAACAGUCUACGAGUGAUGCAGUGGUACUUCGUUGACACUCCUUUUAUAGCCGUUUAUAUGGGUUGUGUCGGCAAUGAUAGCAAUGGUAUUAAAAUGGAGACAAAAGCCCGACGGGAUGGCGUGAAUGCGGUAUAUAUGGUGGACAACGAGGAGAAUACCGGCGCCUGUGUCUGCCUCCUCACCAAAAAAGGAAAGAACCGAUCGCUUUGCGCUUUCCUGGGGGCGAGUCUUAAGUUCAAUGUCCAACACAUCCGCGAUAACUAUAAAUACGUAGAAAACGCCCAAUACUUCCUCGCAUCGGGUUAUCAUUUGGCGGUUAGUGUGGAGUCUGUGCUCUGUUUGGCCGAACACUGCCACAAGAAUAACAAAGUGUUUUUGUUCGCUCUGUCGGCGACCUAUAUCUGUACGAAAUACUCCAAAGAAUUGCUGCAAAUCUAUCCAUAUGUUGACUACAUGUUCGCCAACGAGACUGAGGGCCGCGAGUUCUCCGAAAUGAUGAGUUGGCCCACAUCUGAACUCAAAGAU